AUGCAAGAGGCUUUCACAAAGUAUGCGCUGGACAAGGUUUGGCUUCAAAGCCUGGGUGGGGAUAUUCGGCGUACUGAGAUCACUUCAGACGAGGUUGAAAUGAAAGUCAUGCUAGUGUGGUCCCGUAAUAAGAACAAUCCACGAAAAAACGAGUAA